UGCACUCUUGGAUCCUGUGCUAAUGGCUCCAUGCUCUUCACUUCAGACUAUGGGGAGGUGUUCUGCUAUCCACAAGGCUCUCUGCCAAAAGAAAAAAUUCUGCCAAUGCAUCAGUCAAGUGUAGACGGUGUGGAGGACAUGUCCAUGCUGGGAGACUUACAUGAGGCUGCCAUCUUGCUCAACCUGCACCAGCGCUACAAGCAGAACCACAUCUAUACAAGCAUCGGUUCUAUCUUGGUUUCGGUGAAUCCCUACAAGCCCAUUACUGGGCUGUACGAUGCAUCCGCCAUUGACUUGUACCGACAGCACUGCCUGGGAGAGCUGCCCCCUCACAUUUUUGCCACGGCCAGUGAGUGCUACAGCUGCCUCUGGAGGCGUCAUGACAGCCAAUGCAUUCUGAUCAGUGGAGAAAGUGGAGCAGGAAAGACGGAGAGUACCAAGUUGCUGUUAAAGUUUCUGUCAGCCAUGAGCCAGUUCUCCUUGGGUAGCUCUGCUUUGGAGAAGACCACCCACGUGGAGGAAGCUAUCCUCGAGAGCAGCCCAGUCCUGGAAGCUUUUGGAAAUGCCAAGACAGUCUAUAACAACAAUUCUAGCCGCUUUGGCAAAUUCAUCCAGCUACAUUUUUCUCAGCACGGGCAUAUCCAGGGAGGGAGGGUCACAGACUAUUUAUUGGAAAAGAACAGGGUGGUUCACCAGAACCCAGGAGAACGUAAUUAUCAUAUCUUCUAUGCAUUAUUAGCUGGUGUCAGCGGGGAACAAAGAGAAGGACUCCACUUGCUGGAACCCAAGAACUAUCGUUACCUCAACCAGUCUGGCUGUAUAAUCAACGAGGACCUGGAUGACCGAGAGAUGUUCAGCAAAGUUAUGACUGCAUUUGAAGUCAUGGGAUUCAGUUCUGAAGAGAUCAGAGACAUCUUCAAACUUAUAUCUGGCAUUCUACAACUUGGAAACAUUGAGUUCAUGACUGCUGGAGGAGCUCAGAUUACCACAAAAACUGUGCUGCAUAAUGUCAGUGAACUGCUUGGCUUGGACACCUUCCAGCUGUCUGAGGUACUUACUCAAAGGUCCAUGUUUCUACGUGGGGAAGAAAUUAGCUCUCCCCUCACUGUGGAGCAGGCUACUGAUUCCAGAGACUCUCUUGCCAUGGCCCUUUAUUCACGGUGCUUCUCAUGGAUCAUUGGAAAAAUUAACUCAAAGAUCAAAGGGAAAGAAAAUUUUAAAUCUGUGGGAAUCUUGGAUAUAUUUGGUUUUGAGAAUUUCCAGGUAAAUCGUUUUGAGCAGUUUAACAUUAACUAUGCAAAUGAGAAGCUCCAAGAGUACUUCAACAAGCACAUCUUCUCCCUGGAGCAGCUUGAGUACAAUAGAGAGGGAAUCAUCUGGGAAGCCAUUGAUUGGAUGGAUAAUGCAGAAUGCUUAGAUCUUAUUGAGAAGAAACUUGGCUUGUUGGCAUUAGUUAACGAGGAGAGUAGAUUUCCCAAAGGCACUGACAGCACCCUCUUGGAAAAACUGCACAACCAGCAUGGGAACAACCAGUAUUACAUGAAGCCUCGAGUGACAGAUUUCCAUUUCGGGAUCCAGCAUUAUGCUGGAGAAGUCCUCUAUGACGUGAGGGGCUUUCUGGAAAAAAACAGAGAUACCUUUCGAGAUGACAUUUUAAACAUGCUGAAGGACAGCAGGCUGGACUUCAUCUAUGACCUCUUUGAAAGAGUUGCUAGCUGCAAUAGUGAAGACACUCUGAAGUUGGGAACUCAGAGACGCAGGCCAACUGUCAGCUCCCAGUUUAGGGACUCCUUACAUUCCUUAAUGGCUACUCUCAGCACUUGCAAUCCACUCUUCAUUCGCUGCAUCAAACCAAACCUGGAAAAGGCUCCAAAUCUGUUCAGUCCAGAUGUUGUGUUGAAACAGCUGCGAUACUCAGGGAUGCUGGAGACAGUGAAGAUUCGGAGAGCUGGCUUUCCCGUGCGGCGUCUUUGUCAAGAUUUCCUCUGCAGAUACAAAAUGCUUUUGAAGAAUUGGACCAACCCAGACAGUGGGAGAACCACGUGUUCAAGCUUUUUGCAGAUAUAUGACAACACCCAGAGAGAAUGGAAGCUGGGGAAAACCAAGGUUUUCCUGAAGGAGGUUCUGGAACAAAAGCUGGAAAAGGCCCGGGAAGAGGAGCUGAAGAAGGCGGCCACCGUCAUCCGAGCCCACGUCCUGGGCUACAUGGCAAGGAAGAAGUAUCGAAGAGUGCUAGCCAGUAUUGUUACCAUUCAAAAAAAUUAUCGCGCUCACUUCUGGAAGAAGUCCCUCUUGCGCCUGAAAGCCUCUGCUAUUGUCCUGCAAAAGCACUGGCGUGGAUGCCUAGCUCGCAAUCUCUAUCAAGACCUGCUGGAGGAAAAACAGAGGCAGAAAGAGGAAGCUGAGGAGCAGAGGCGAGAAGAAGAGAAGAUUAGAAAGGAGGAAGAAGAAAGGCAAUGGCAAGAAGAGCAGGAGUGUAGAAGGAAACAAGAAGAGAAAGAAAAGAAAAGGAAAAAGGAACAGUUGGAAGCAGCACUGCAGGUAGCUCAGAUGGAGGUACUAAAAACUCAGAAGGAGAACCAUCCACUGCGGGAAGAGGAACAGCGUCAAAUGGAGGAGAUUCUGCGUUUGGAAAGGGAAAUUGAGAAGCUGCAGUGGCAACAGAAGGCAGAUCAUGUGUCCAUUACAUGUGAGAAUACCAAGAAUGAGAUGAAGCGGCAGCGGGAAGAAGAAAUACAGAGGCUGGAGAAAGAAGCAUCUAGGGUUGCACAGGAGUUCUUAGAACUUUUAGAUUUUGGGAACCUGGAUGAAAGUGUGCAAAACUUAGAACGCUCCUUGUCUAGUGAAGGAACUCUCAAUAUUGAAUGUAGCCUUGUUGCUCCGCUAGCUGAGGAAGAAGAAGAUGAAGGUUUUCCUGCGGAUGAAGAAGGGCCGCCAGUCCCCAGCCCAAGUCUGUUGAACCAGGACAGUAGCACCAGGACCAGUGAUAACUAUUAUUCAGAGGAAGACACAUCUCCAAAUAUGCCAGUGUCUGGGGAGGAAGAGAACAGAGAAGGCAACGCUCUGCUUCCUUCUACUGAGGGAGCUGGAAGCCCUCAGAAAGAACAUCUGAAAAGCAUAUACUGGAUAGGCUCAGAAGUAACGCAGAACGACAUGGUAGAGAUGGAAGAUCCCAUUUACAGCUUGCCUCCAGAUGUGGAAUCAGAUUAUGACCACGAGGAAUAUGAUGGCAUUGUAGAUAUCAGCAGCACAUCAAUUGAGCCACUGAACAGGGAGGAGGUCCUGCGCAAUUCUCUUAGCAAUGGUGUGGAUUCCAAUCGUGGCAGCUUGGACUCGUUUUUAGAUACCAAAGAUGAAGAAGGGGAUACUUAUAUGGACACAGAUGAAGAAUUCUGUAGUGGCCGGGUCACUCUGUUCAAUGGAUCUGGGCCCGCAUAUUUUCACAGCUAUCUCUACAUGAAGGGGGGGUUGAUGAACCCCUGGAGGCGGCGUUGGUGUGUCCUAAAAAAUGAGGCCUUUAUGUGGUUCCGAGCCAAACAGGAAGCCUUAAAGUCGGGCUGGCUUUAUAAGAAAGGAGGAGGCAUGUCCACAUUAUCUCGACGGAAUUGGAAACGGCGCUGGUUUGUCCUGAGAGAGGCCAAACUGAUGUAUUUUGAGAAUGACAGUGAAGAAAAGCUGAAAGGAACAAUUGAUAUCAGGAAAGCAAAGGAAAUUGUGGAUAUUCAUGAGAAAGAGAAUGCCCUCGAUAUUGUGACAGGUGAUCGGGUUUACCAUAUAGUGGCGGAGUCACCAGAGGAUGCCAGUGACUGGUUUAAUGUCCUAAGUCAUGUGCAUAGUGCCACAGAGCAACAGCUGAGAGAAAUGCAAGAUGAACAAGCCAAUCCAAAGAAUGCAGUGGGAACCCUUGAUGUUGGUCUUAUUGAUUCUGUCUGUGCAUCUGAUAAUCCUGACAGGCCAAAUUCCUUUGUCAUCAUCACGGCAAAUAGAGUCAUUCAUUGCAACAGUGACAUCCCUGAAGAGAUGCACCACUGGAUCUCUCUCCUACAGAAGCCCAAAGGCGAAUCCAGGGUUGAUGGGCAGGAAUUUAUUGUGAGAGGGUGGCUACAUAAGGAGGUCCAGAGCAACAACAAGAUAUUGUCCCUGAAGCUGAAGAAACGCUGGUUUGUACUGACCAGCACUGCCCUUGACUACUACAAGUCUUCUGAACGCACCGCCACCAAGCUCGGGACACUUGUUCUCAAUAGCCUCUGCUCAGUGAUCCAGCCCAAUGAAAGAAUCUUCAAAGAAACUGCAGGUUACUGGAACAUCACUGUGCAUGGCAGAAAGCAUUCAUACCACCUCUACACGAAGUUGUUGAAUGAAGCCAUGCGCUGGGCCUCUGCCAUCCAAGGAGUCAUUGACAGCAAAGUUCCCAUCGAAACUCCCACACAGCAACUUAUUUGUGACAUUAGGGAAAAUAAUGCUAAUUCUGAAGUGGUAGAACAAAUCUACCGAAGGAAUCCCAUCCUGAGAUACACCCAGCAUCCCUUGCACUCACCACUGCUGCCUCUGCCUUAUGGAGAUGUCGGGAUCAACAUGCAGCAAGAGAAGGGCUAUAGCAGUCUUCAGGAUGAAGCCAUGAAGAUCUUCAACUCCCUUCAGGAGAUUGAGUCCGUGUCUGACCCUAUCCCCAUUAUCCAGGGCAUCCUUCAGACCUGCCAUGAUCUCAGGGGCCUCCGCGAUGAAGUCUAUUGUCAGCUGAUCAAGCAAACCAAUCAUGUGCCACAGCCCAACAGCCCUGGUAACCUUCACCACUGGCAGCUCAUGACCUGUAUGAGCUGUACCUUCCUUCCCAGCCGGGGAAUCCUCCGUUACCUCAAGUUUCAUCUCAGGAGAGUAAAAGAUUUCUUUCUGGGCACGGAAGUAGACCAGUAUUCUCAGUUCAUCACUGAUUCCCUGAAGAGAACCAAGAGCAGAGAAUUUGUCCCCUCCCAGGAGGAAAUACAAGCACUUAUCGCACGGGAGGAAAUGACCACUACUGUCUAUUGCCACGGAGGAGGUUCCUGUCAGAUCACUAUCAAUUCUCACACCAGUGCAGGGGAGGUGGUAGAGAAGCUGAUCCGGGGGCUGGCCAUGGAAGACAGUCGGAAUAUGUUUGCCCUCUUUGAGCGUAAUAAACAUGUGGAUAAAGCCAUUGAGAGCCGGGUGAUUGUAGCAGAUGUUUUGGCCAAGUUUGAGAGACUUUCUGGAUCCAUGGAAGAGGAUGUGGACGGCCAUUGGCAGCUGUAUUUUAAACUCUAUUGCUUUCUUGAUGUUGAAAAUGUUCCCAAGGAGGGAGUGGAAUUUGCCUUUAUGUUUGAGCAGGCGCAUGAAAGUCUCAUUGAUGGUCACUUCCCCGGCCCAGAGGAGACCCUGCAACACUUGGCAUCACUGAGACUGCAGUAUCUUUAUGGGGACUAUUUCAAAAUCUCCUGGUCCCUUGACAGCGUCUAUCCAGUGAACCGUCUGAAGUCAAAAAUUCUGCAGUCGAUGAAGAGUAGCGGCUCCAGCAGCCAAGUUCUGGAGAGAAGGCGGACUAGCUUCCUGGAGGGCACUCUGAAGCGUGGCUUCAAGACAGGCUCGGUGAAGAAGCAAAAAGUGGAAGAGGAGCAAAUGGUAGAGAUGUGGGUGAAAGAAGAACUGUCAGCAGCUCGGGCCAGCAUCACAGAAAAAUGGAACAAACUGCAGGGGUUGCUACAGCAACAGGCCAUGGUGGCUUACAUGGCAAUCAUGAAAGAAUGGUCAGGUUAUGGCUCCACCCUCUUUGAUGUUGAGUGCAAAGAAGGGGGCUUUCCAAAUGACCUUUGGCUCAGCGUCAAUACGGAGAAUGUGUCACUGUACAAACGGGGAGAGCCAAAGCCUCUGGAAACUUUCCAGUAUGAGCAGAUUAUCUUCUUUGGAGCUCCUCAGCCCAACACCUUCAAGCUGACUGUGGAUGAAAGAGAGAUGUACUUUGAAACCCCUCAGGUACAUUUUAGGACAUUCUUGUCUCAAGAAUUUAAACUGCUCAAAAAUGACUCUUCUAAGGCAGGAUGGGUUAGACCAAUGGUUCUCAAACAUUUUGAUCACAGGACCACUUGACAUUCUUAAAAAGGAUUGAAAAAGGAUUCUAGUACAGUAAACCUAUCAAUAUAUGCACUGUAAGGUAAAGGUUCCCCUCGCACAUAUGUGCUAGUCGU